AAACCUAGACUGUAUUUACACAGCAUUGUUUUUCCAGUCAGGGAUUUCAAGCAGUCCAUGUGGACGUAUAAAUAUUGAUCAUCAUGAGGAUAUAACGCACAUCCUAAGAUGAAUCCUCCGGGGGCUUCAAGCGGAUGCUGAAGAGAGAGCAUCCUUCGUGACGUCACGACCGCCGCAUCCGUCUCCAGACUCGCGUCCGUUUCCCAUCUCUCUCCUCCAUCAGUGAAAACCCUCGUCGCCCCCACGGAUCGUGCGUUUUCCCGUGAAAAUGGCCGCGCAGGAGGUGACCGCGCAGCCGGGCGAAACUCUGGCGACGCUAAAGACAGAAUCUGAUUCUCUGAAGAGCAAACUCGAGGAGGAAAGAGCCAAACUGCACGACGUCGAGCUACAUCAAGUGGCGGAGAAAUUGGAUGCUUUGGGUCAGUUUGUCAUGAAGACGAGGCGAACCCUAAAAGGCCACGGGAAUAAAGUGCUGUGUAUGGACUGGUGUAAAGACAAGAGGAGGAUCGUCAGCUCAUCUCAGGACGGAAAGGUGAUUGUAUGGGAUGCAUUUACGACUAAUAAGGAACAUGCAGUGACGAUGCCAUGUACAUGGGUCAUGGCCUGCGCUUACGCCCCGUCUGGUUGUGCGGUUGCUUGCGGUGGUUUGGACAACAAGUGCUCCGUGUAUCCGCUAUCCCUGGACAAGAACGAGAACCUCGCAGCCAAAAAGAAAUCUGUGGCCAUGCACACCAACUAUCUGUCUGCGUGCUGUUUUACUAACUCUGAUAUGCAGAUUUUGACCUCUAGUGGUGAUGGCACGUGUGCAUUGUGGGAUGUUGAAAGCGGUCAGAUGCUCCAGAGCUUUCAUGGACAUGCGGCUGAUGUGCUGUGUCUGGACCUCGCCCCAUCUGAGACAGGAAACACAUUUGUUUCAGGGGGCUGUGACAAGAAGGCGUGCGUGUGGGACAUGCGUACAGGACAAUGUGUCCAGUCUUUCGAGAGCCAUGAAUCAGACAUCAACAGCGUACGGUACUAUCCAAGCGGAGACGCUUUUGCUUCAGGCUCAGAUGACGCUACUUGUCGCUUGUACGACCUGAGAGCAGACAGAGAGGUGGCCAUUUAUUCCAAAGAGAGCAUCAUAUUUGGAGCAUCAAGUGUGGACUUCUCACUCAGUGGGAGGCUUUUGUUUGGUGGAUACAAUGACUACACCAUCAACGUAUGGGACGUUUUAAAGGGAACUCGAGUGUCCAUCUUGUUUGGACAUGAGAACAGGGUCAGCACUCUCCGUGUAUCUCCAGACGGUACCGCCUUCUGCUCAGGAUCAUGGGAUCAUACAUUACGGGUCUGGGCCUAAAUGAGAAACAUCCGACUGGCUGUGUUUCAUGUGUUUAUCAUCAAAUGUUUUAGGUUUUGUCAACGUCUCUGGAAUACAAAAUAUCCACAGACUGUAAUAAAGUGUUGAUUGCGGUAGUAUACAGUAUGUGGUACAGAUGGACUGUAGUGCACAUAUACACACACAAACCUUCACAUCUAGUAAGCACAAUCACCCAGUUUAUCCAUUGCUUGCUAUUAUGGGAUGGUCUUGGAUCUGAUGUUGAUUUGCGCUACGUUUGAAAUAACUUACUUCCUAUUAUAUACAGUAGUAGGCAAAAAUCAAUAUGCAAGGUGAGUAGUAUUUCCAAAUUCGGAUAAUAAACAAAUGUAGAAGGUUCGGAUGACCUACUGCUUUUAGAUUUUAAGUGUGCAUUCAUUGGACACUUUACUAUCCCAUCUAUGAUCCGGGUGACUCUUUAAGUAAUUUAGCUACCAAGAAAUGUAUUCCUCGUACUUAACACAUACACAAAUUAUGGUUGUGGUUGUUGUGAUUACACGUCGUAGGUCAAAGGACAUAUGGGACACAUGACAAUAAAAAUGCAGUACUAUAUGUUCAAAGUGUAUUCAUACUGCAACGUACUGUUUUAAUAAUAAAGCAGUAGGUACUUUAUCUUAUUUAGUACGUACUCUCACAUGAUUUCGGACGCAGCUUUGGUCUCUGUUUCUGUGGCAGCAUUAUUGCUCCAUAGUGAUGUACUAGUAAAUAUGAACAAACACAUUUUAUCUAAUAUAAUAGGUUAUUUUGAACAUUAAUCUUACUGCCAUUUUUUUUUUUUGUGGAAUGGAUGUUCAGAAUUAUUUACAAUAUUAUUAUUAUUAUUAUUAUUAUUAAAUGAAGUUGUAUAGCUGAUAUCAUAUGUUAUAUGCAAACUAAAGUAAGCCAAUUUAGUUAUGCACUCUUGGUCAUAAUAUUCUGACUGUCUUUCAGUUGUUACAGCACUAUUAUUGUGCUUAAUUACUGUAGCAAAGUGUAUAUAACAUUAUGUUAUAUGUUGUCUUAUCAAAACAAAUAUCUAUACAGUACACUAAAAUUUAAUAAAUGGAUUUUAAAACAUUGAA